GCUUGAGAUGCUCCCAGCCAAGUGGGACCUGCCUGAAUGGAGGGAGGUGCGAAGUGGCCAACGGCACCGAAGCCUGUGUCUGCAGCGGUCCCUUCGUGGGCCAACGAUGCCAGGACCCCAAUCCGUGCCUGAGCACACCCUGCAAGAAUGCUGGAACAUGCCAUGUUGUGGAACAUGGUGGCACUGUGAAUUAUGCCUGCAGCUGUCCCCUGGGUUUCUCUGGGCCCCUCUGCCUGACACCUCUGGACAAUGCCUGCCUAGCCAACCCCUGCCGCAACGGGGGCACCUGUGACCUGCUCACUCUCACAGAAUACAAGUGCCGUUGUCCCCCAGGAUGGUCAGGAAAGUCAUGUCAGCAAGCUGACCCAUGUGCCUCCAACCCCUGUGCCAAUGGUGGCCAGUGCCUGCCCUUUGAGUCUUCAUACAUCUGUGGCUGCCCACCUGGCUUCCAUGGCCCCACCUGCAGGCAAGAUGUUAACGAGUGCAGCCAAAACCCUGGGCUGUGCCGCCACGGAGGCACCUGCCACAAUGAGAUCGGCUCCUAUCGCUGUGUCUGCCGUGCCACCCAUACUGGUCCCCACUGUGAACUACCCUACGUGCCCUGCAGCCCCUCACCCUGCCAGAACGGGGGCACCUGCCGCCCUACAGGAGAUACCACCCACGAGUGCGCCUGUCUGCCAGGUUUUGCUGGCCAGAACUGUGAAGAAAAUGUGGAUGACUGUCCAGGAAACAACUGCAAGAAUGGAGGUGCCUGUGUGGAUGGUGUGAAUACCUAUAAUUGCCGCUGCCCACCGGAAUGGACAGGUCAGUACUGCACAGAGGAUGUGGAUGAGUGUCAGCUCAUGCCCAACGCUUGCCAGAAUGGUGGGACCUGCCACAAUACCCAUGGUGGCUACAACUGUGUGUGUGUCAACGGUUGGACUGGCGAGGAUUGCAGUGAGAACAUUGAUGACUGUGCCAGUGCUGCCUGUUUCCAGGGUGCCACCUGCCAUGAUCGUGUGGCCUCCUUCUACUGCGAGUGUCCACAUGGGCGAACGGGUCUGCUGUGCCACCUCAACGAUGCAUGCAUCAGCAACCCCUGCAAUGAGGGCUCCAACUGCGACACCAAUCCUGUCAAUGGCAAGGCCAUCUGCACUUGCCCCUCUGGGUACACGGGGCCAGCCUGCAGCCAGGACGUGGAUGAAUGUGCUCUGGGUGCCAACCCCUGUGAGCAUGCGGGCAAGUGCCUCAACACACUGGGUUCCUUUGAGUGCCAGUGUCUACAGGGCUACACGGGGCCCCGCUGUGAGAUUGAUGUCAAUGAGUGCAUCUCUAACCCAUGUCAGAAUGAUGCCACCUGCCUGGACCAAAUUGGGGAGUUCCAGUGUAUAUGUAUGCCAGGUUAUGAGGGUGUGUACUGUGAGAUCAAUACGGACGAGUGCGCCAGCAGCCCCUGCCUGCACAAUGGCCACUGCAUGGACAAGAUCAACGAGUUCCUGUGUCAGUGCCCCAAAGGCUUCAGCGGGCACCUGUGCCAGUAUGACGUGGAUGAGUGUGCAAGCACACCUUGCAAGAAUGGUGCCAAGUGUCUGGAUGGGCCCAACACCUACACCUGCGUGUGCACAGAAGGUUACACAGGGACCCACUGCGAGGUAGACAUCGAUGAAUGUGACCCUGACCCCUGUCACUAUGGUUUCUGCAAGGAUGGUGUGGCCACCUUUACCUGCCUCUGCCAGCCAGGCUACACAGGCCAUCACUGUGAGACCAACAUUAAUGAGUGCCACAGCCAGCCAUGCCGCCAUGGGGGCACCUGCCAGGACCGUGACAACUCCUACCUCUGCUUAUGCCUCAAGGGAACCACAGGACCCAACUGUGAGAUCAACUUGGAUGACUGUGCCAGCAACCCCUGUGACUCAGGCACAUGUCUGGACAAGAUUGAUGGCUACGAGUGUGCCUGUGAGCCAGGCUACACAGGCAGCAUGUGUAACGUCAACAUUGAUGAGUGUGCAGGCAGCCCCUGCCACAAUGGGGGUACCUGUGAGGAUGGCAUCGCUGGCUUCACCUGCCGCUGCCCUGAGGGCUACCACGACCCCACGUGCCUGUCUGAGGUUAACGAGUGCAACAGUAACCCCUGCAUCCACGGGGCUUGCCGGGAUGGCCUCAAUGGGUACAAGUGUGACUGUGCCCCUGGAUGGAGUGGAACAAACUGUGACAUCAACAACAAUGAGUGUGAGUCAAACCCUUGUGUCAAUGGUGGCACCUGCAAAGACAUGACCAGUGGCUACGUGUGUACCUGCCGAGAAGGCUUCAGUGGCCCUAACUGCCAGACCAACAUCAACGAGUGUGCCUCCAACCCCUGCCUGAACCAGGGGACCUGUAUUGAUGAUGUCGCUGGGUACAAGUGCAACUGUCCUCUGCCCUACACAGGAGCCACGUGUGAGGUGGUGUUGGCCCCAUGUGCCACCAGCCCCUGCAAAAACAGUGGUGUGUGCAAGGAGUCUGAGGACUACGAGAGCUUUUCCUGUGUCUGUCCCACAGGCUGGCAGGGUCAAACCUGCGAGAUUGACAUCAAUGAGUGUGUGAAGAGCCCCUGUCGCCAUGGUGCUUCCUGCCAGAACACCAAUGGCAGCUACCGCUGCCUCUGCCAGGCUGGCUACACAGGUCGCAACUGUGAGAGUGACAUCGAUGACUGCCGGCCCAAUCCAUGUCACAAUGGGGGCUCCUGCACUGAUGGCAUCAACAUGGCCUUCUGCGACUGCUUGCCCGGCUUCCAGGGUGCCUUCUGUGAGGAGGACAUCAACGAAUGUGCCAGUAAUCCCUGCAGAAAUGGUGCCAACUGCACCGAUUGUGUGGACAGCUACACAUGCACCUGCCCUGCAGGCUUCAAUGGCAUCCACUGCGAAAAUAACACACCUGACUGUACCGAGAGCUCCUGCUUCAAUGGUGGCACCUGUGUGGAUGGUAUCAACUCCUUCACCUGUCUGUGUCCACCUGGCUUCACGGGCAGCUACUGCCAGUAUGAUGUCAAUGAGUGCGACUCACGGCCCUGUCUGCAUGGUGGCACCUGCCAAGACAGCUAUGGCACCUAUAAGUGUACCUGCCCACAGGGUUACACUGGCCUCAACUGCCAGAACCUUGUGCACUGGUGCGACUCAGCUCCCUGCAAGAAUGGUGGCAAGUGCUGGCAGACCAACACGCAGUACCACUGUGAAUGCCGUAGCGGCUGGACUGGCUUCAAUUGUGAUGUGCUCAGUGUGUCCUGCGAGGUGGCUGCACAGAAACGAGGCAUCGAUGUCACCCUCCUGUGCCAGCAUGGAGGCCUCUGUGUGGAUGAGGAAGACAAGCAUUACUGCCAUUGCCAGGCAGGCUACACGGGCAGCUACUGUGAGGAUGAGGUGGAUGAGUGCUCACCUAACCCAUGCCAGAACGGAGCCACCUGCACUGACUACCUGGGUGGUUUUUCCUGCAAGUGUGUCGCUGGCUAUCAUGGAUCUAACUGUUCUGAGGAGAUCAAUGAGUGCCUCUCCCAGCCCUGUCAAAAUGGGGGUACCUGCAUUGAUCUGACCAACACUUACAAGUGCUCCUGCCCCAGGGGCACACAGGGUGUACACUGUGAGAUCAACGUUGAUGACUGCCAUCCCCACCUUGACCCUGCCUCCCGAAGCCCCAAGUGCUUCAACAAUGGCACCUGUGUGGACCAGGUGGGUGGCUAUAGCUGCACCUGCCCACCAGGCUUCGUCGGAGAACGUUGUGAGGGUGACAUCAAUGAGUGUCUCUCCAACCCCUGUGACCCACGAGGCACCCAAGACUGCGUGCAGCGUGUUAAUGACUUCCACUGCGAGUGCCGGGCUGGCCACACUGGACGCCGCUGCGAGUCAGUCAUCAACGGCUGCAGGGGCAAACCAUGCAAGAAUGGGGGUGUCUGUGCUGUGGCUUCCAACACUGCCCGCGGAUUCAUCUGCAGGUGCCCUGCGGGCUUUGAAGGUGCCACGUGUGAGAAUGAUGCCCGCACUUGUGGCAGCUUGCGCUGCCUCAAUGGUGGCACAUGUAUCUCAGGCCCACGAAGUCCCACCUGCCUAUGCUUGGGCUCCUUUACUGGCCCUGAGUGCCAGUUCCCAGCCAGCAGCCCCUGUGUGGGUAGUAACCCUUGCUACAAUCAGGGCACCUGUGAGCCCACAUCCGAGAGCCCUUUCUACCGCUGUCUGUGCCCUGCCAAAUUCAACGGGCUGCUGUGCCACAUCCUGGACUACAGCUUCACAGGUGGUGCUGGGCGCGACAUUCCCCCGCCACAGAUUGAGGAGGCCUGCGAGCUGCCUGAGUGCCAGGAAGAUGCAGGCAACAAGGUCUGCAACCUGCAGUGCAAUAAUCACGCAUGUGGCUGGGAUGGUGGUGACUGCUCCCUCAACUUCAAUGACCCUUGGAAGAACUGCACGCAGUCCUUACAGUGCUGGAAGUAUUUUAGUGAUGGCCACUGUGACAGCCAGUGCAACUCAGCCAGCUGCCUUUUUGAUGGCUUCGACUGCCAGCGCACCGAGGGACAGUGCAACCCUCUGUAUGACCAGUAUUGCAAGGACCACUUCAGUGACGGCCAUUGUGACCAGGGCUGCAACAGUGCCGAGUGCGAUUGGGAUGGGCUAGACUGUGCAGACCAUGUGCCUGAGCGACUGGCAGCUGGCACAUUGGUGCUGGUGGUGCUGCUCCCACCUGAGCAGCUACGCAACAACUCCUUCCACUUCCUGCGGGAGCUCAGCCACGUGCUGCACACCAAUGUGGUCUUCAAGCGUGAUGCAGAAGGCCAGCAGAUGAUCUUCCCCUACUACGGCCAUGAGGAAGAGCUGCGCAAGCACCCCAUCAAGCGCUCUGCAGUGGGUUGGACCACCUCUUCACUGCUUCCCAGCACCAAUGGGGGGCGCCAGCGCAGGGAGCUGGACCCCAUGGACAUCAGAGGCUCCAUUGUCUACCUGGAGAUUGACAACCGGCAAUGUGUACAGUCAUCCUCACAGUGCUUCCAGAGUGCCACCGAUGUGGCUGCCUUUCUGGGCGCUCUUGCUUCUCUUGGCAACCUCAAUAUCCCCUACAAGAUCGAGGCUGUAAAGAGUGAGACGGUUGAGCCUCCGCUGCCCUCGCAGCUGCACCUCAUGUACCUGGCAGCCGCUGCCUUCGUGCUCCUGUUCUUUGUGGGCUGUGGGGUGCUGCUGUCCCGCAAGCGCCGGCGGCAGCAUGGCCAGCUGUGGUUCCCUGAGGGCUUCAAAGUGUCAGAGGCCAGCAAGAAGAAACGGAGAGAGCCCCUCGGCGAGGACUCUGUCGGCCUCAAGCCCCUGAAGAAUGCCUCAGAUGGUGCCCUGAUGGACGACAAUCAGAACGAGUGGGGGGAUGAAGACUUGGAGACCAAGAAGUUCCGGUUUGAGGAGCCAGUUGUUGUUCCUGACCUGGAUGAUCAGACGGACCAUCGGCAGUGGACCCAACAGCACCUGGAUGCUGCUGACCUGCGCAUGUCUGCCAUGGCCCCAACACCGCCUCAGGGUGAGGUGGAUGCUGACUGCAUGGAUGUCAAUGUCCGAGGACCUGAUGGCUUCACACCACUCAUGAUCGCCUCCUGCAGUGGAGGGGGCCUUGAGACAGGCAAUAGUGAAGAAGAAGAAGAUGCACCUGCUGUCAUCUCCGACUUCAUCUACCAGGGUGCCAGCUUGCACAACCAGACAGACCGCACAGGGGAGACUGCCCUCCACCUGGCUGCCAGAUACUCUCGUUCAGAUGCUGCCAAGCGCUUGCUGGAGGCUAGUGCAGAUGCCAACAUCCAGGACAACAUGGGGCGCACCCCAUUGCAUGCAGCUGUUUCUGCAGAUGCGCAGGGUGUCUUCCAGAUCCUGCUCCGGAACCGAGCCACAGAUCUGGAUGCCCGCAUGCAUGAUGGCACAACCCCACUGAUCCUGGCUGCACGCCUGGCCGUGGAGGGCAUGCUGGAGGACCUCAUCAACUCGCAUGCAGACGUCAAUGCUGUGGAUGACCUAGGCAAGUCGGCCUUGCACUGGGCAGCGGCAGUGAACAAUGUGGAUGCUGCAGUUGUACUCCUGAAGAACGGAGCCAACAAAGACAUGCAGAACAACAAGGAGGAGACUCCCCUGUUCCUGGCCGCCCGUGAGGGCAGCUAUGAGACUGCCAAAGUGCUGCUGGACCAUUUUGCCAACCGGGACAUCACAGAUCAUAUGGACCGACUGCCACGGGACAUUGCUCAGGAGCGCAUGCACCACGAUAUUGUGCGGCUGCUGGAUGAGUACAACCUGGUGCGCAGCCCACAGCUGCAUGGCACUGCCCUGGGUGGCACACCCACCCUGUCACCCACACUCUGCUCGCCCAACGGCUACCUGGGCAACCUCAAGUCUGCCACACAAGGCAAAAAGGCCCGCAAGCCCAGCACCAAAGGGCUAGCCUGUGGCAGCAAGGAAGCUAAGGACCUCAAAGCACGGAGGAAGAAGUCCCAGGAUGGCAAGGGCUGCCUGUUGGACAGCUCAAGCAUGCUGUCACCUGUGGACUCCCUUGAGUCACCUCACGGCUACUUGUCAGAUGUGGCCUCACCACCCCUCCUCCCCUCCCCAUUCCAGCAGUCUCCAUCCAUGCCUCUCAGCCACCUUCCUGGUAUGCCUGACACCCACCUGGGCAUCAGCCACUUGAAUGUGGCAGCCAAGCCUGAAAUGGCAGCACUGGCUGGAAGCAGCCGGCUGGCCUUUGAGCCACCGCCCCCACGCCUCCCCCACCUGCCUGUAGCCUCCAGUGCCAGCACAGUGCUGAGUACCAAUGGCUCCGGGGAGGAGGAGUGGCUGGCCCCCAGCCAGUACAACCCACUACGGCCAGGUGUGGCAUCGGGCACGCUGAGCACACAGGCAGCUGGCCUCCAGCAUGGCAUGAUGGGCCCACUACACAGCAGCCUUUCCACCAAUACCUUGUCCCCAAUGAUCUACCAGGGCUUGCCCAACACACGGCUGGCUACGCAGCCCCAUCUGGUGCAGACCCAGCAGGUGCAGCCACAGAACUUACAAAUCCAGCCUCAGAACCUGCAGCCACCAUCACAGCCACACCUCAGUGUGAGCUCAGCAGCCAACGGGCACCUGGGCCGGAGCUUCCUGGGUGGGGAGCACAGCCAGGCAGAUGUGCAGCCACUGGGCCCCAGCAGUCUGCCUGUGCACACCAUUCUGCCCCAGGAGAGCCAGGCCCUGCCCACAUCACUGCCAUCCUCGAUGGUACCGCCCAUGACCACUACCCAAUUCCUGACCCCUCCUUCCCAGCACAGUUACUCAUCCUCACCUGUGGACAACACCCCCAGCCACCAGCUGCAGGUGCCAGAGCACCCCUUCCUCACCCCAUCCCCUGAGUCCCCUGACCAGUGGUCCAGCUCCUCCCCGCAUUCCAACAUCUCUGAUUGGUCCGAGGGCAUCUCCAGCCCGCCCACCAGCAUGCCGUCCCAGAUCACCCACAUUCCAGAGGCAUUUAAGUAAACAGUGAUGUGGGAUGCAGGACCCCAGCUUCCGUUCCCAAGCCCUGUUGGGAGUCGUUUCCAGUGCUCCAGGAUGCAGGGGCGACCAAAGGAGCUUUUAAAAAAAAAUGUUUUUAUACAAAAUAAGAGGACAAGAAUUUCCAUUUUUUUUAGUAUUUAUUUAUGUACUUUUAUUUUCCACAGAAACACUGCCUUUUUAUUUAUAUGUAUUGUUUUCUAUGGCACUAGGGAAAAACGUAUCUGUUCCAAGAAAAUAAACUAGUUCUCAGAGCCUUGAUUUUCCUGGUCAGGGUGAAGUUCCCUGUGUGUUUGUAAAAUAUGAACAAGGAUUCAUGAUUUGUAAAUGCUGUUUAUUUAUUGAUUGCUUCUUUCCAAAAUCAAAAAAGAAACCAUGACAGAAGGGAAGCUGGCAUCUGCCAUUGCCAGAAGUUCCUUCCCAUCUACCCAGAGGCCUGCCACCUUAGAACCGCUGCCCCCUCCUCCCAGUUUGACCUGGGCUUCGUAGAUGUGUUUAGAGAGGCCAAGACCUUCACACGUUGGGCUCAUAAUUUUGUAUCUAAAGCAGAAAGCAAGUAAAAUAAUGUGGUUUAGACAUUUUCUAAAACCACCAGCUUGGGUUUAAAAAGAGGUGUCCUUGGCAUGUACAGAGAGUGUGCUACCCGGUACCAGUCAUGAAUCUUCAGGCUUCAGUGUUCCAUAGUAGUGUUUAUGGGCUUUGGGGGUACUUCCCUCCCGCCUUGCCCUGCCCCACUGUCCCCUUCCUGACAUCUUAAGCCAGUGAGCCAUGCAAGAUGUGGUGCCUCCUGGGACCAUGUGGAGUAACCCCACCUCCUGGAGAAAGACACGCCUGGACUUUUCCCUGGGGGGCCCCAGCAUCACUCCUUGAACAGCGUCAUCCAAAUUUAACUGAGGAUGGACUGUCCCUGUCCUGUCUGGGCUCCUGAGACCUGACUGCUGAAGGGCUCCAAUGUGCAUUGUAGACUCACCAGAGUAGCCUGCGUUAAGUCCUCAAGGAAAUCUGGGCUGUGCAGUCCUCUGACCCGCUAACUGCCCUGGGUGGGGACAUGCCUUGAGUGUGGUGGAAUGUGGGUGGAGCCUGCUUCUGGGAGAUCCCUCCUGGUUCAGGGCGGUGCUCACAGCAGUUUCUUGCAGUAUCAAGUAUAAGCCUGUGGCAGAAUAAGUAUCUGUAAAUACAUGUUUAAAGGUGGAUUUUGUUUAAAAAAUCUAAAGGAACCAGUCUGUCCUGUGUCAAACUGAUGAAGAAUGUGAGAAUGUGGCUCAGCUCAGUGUGACCCAGGCCUCAUGACCUGCAGCUGCCGAACCAGUAGCUCCUAAGAGCACAACCCAGGAUGGCCCAUCUGCCGUCCACCAAGCCCUCUCCCAGCCACUGUGUGCUGGAGGCUCGCUCAGGGGCAGGUGUCCACCUCCUCAGGGCAGCUCCUCCUGGCUUUUGUGGGGGGGGGGCAUUGUCUGUGCCAUUCCUAGUAGGUAUGAC